UCUGAUCUAGCCGAUCGCAUCCAAGUGCCUUCACCCUGCUAGUUGCAUUUCCAUUUACAGUGUGUCCUAUGUCUCGCUAUUUUACAUCUGUGUAUUGCGUAUCAUUCGGGUCAUCCCAGCCUACCGUUUGACAGUUGAUGCGAAAACCAACAAAAAGAACACAGCACCGUUUUUGGUGAAAGUGAGCAAGUGUGACAGAGAAGCACCGAAUCAAAACAACCGUACAGCUUUGUGUAGACGGCUGUACGUAGCAGACCCAUUUCGUCCUCACGUCUGGUCAAUUGAAAGGAAUGCCCUUUAACUGCAGUCGCGAUUGUGUAGGUAUUCGAUACCGCAUCAACUCGCUGCACCAAACCUGGAAGUGGCUUCACCAGACUAUCGCCCUGCACGAGUACCUGAUUUCGAUGAGCGCAGCUGACACGAAUAACAGCAGCCGAAAGUCGCACCAUCCACUGCAACAGGGAAUCAACAGCACCAGCAGCAUUACCGUGGCGUGUUGCUAAAUUAUCUACCACAGGCAGUUCAAAGCCCCCGUACGCAGUGUAGUGACGUAAAAACGUGAUCGCACACCAAAACAGUGUCUUCGGUCUACAUAGUCAGCAAACAGUAAUCAUAAAACUCUAGUCAAGAAGUGACCAUCAUCUAAUGUCUUAACCUGAAAAGGACUACGAAACUAUCAUCGUUAACUGUGUGUGUGAGCAUUCAUGAGAUUCUCCUUGGAGGUAAAAAUAGAAUUUGACUUCCCUCAGAAACCAUCCGUAGCUAACGUGUGGACACUGCCAAUCUUAGCCAACGCGUAGCAAAUAGUAGUCCGAAGACUGAUUUACGUAGUGGGAGUGUGUCCGAGAACACCUCUGAAAGAACGUUACGAAACCAGCAACUGAUUGAGCCAAAAUUUGAUCCAGUGACCUA